UUGUAGUAUGCCAAGAGCACAUGUGACAUAAAUUUGCCAGUAGUCUUCGAUGCGUGAUCGUACAUGAUACCAGGCUGCCGACUACCAACGGUUCAAAUCGAUUCAGAUACCAUGGCGUCUCAGCUACCCAAGCUUAACAUCGAAGACGAGCCAUACGAAGACGAGCACGCGAGCGAGAAUAACAAUACAACAGUGCUGUCAGUGAACAAUAUGGACUUGUCGGAUGAUACGCCGCUAGCUGAGCUACGCAUACUGUUGCUCAGUGAGGCUAUUGAUCAUGCUGAUAGCCAGGUGGGGUCAUUUUGGUCAACGCAACGACUACAGUAUAUAAUGACAGUGGAGCGCAUCACCGCACACCUGAACAAGAGAAGGAUAGACGAUGCACAGUCGAUUGCUGCUACCAUCCGAGCGAACUUGAUGAGGGUGUUCGCCGCCUUGACCUUUGGGCAGAUGGAUUUUUACAUCACAUCAUUCAUUGAAGAAGGUCUGACUGAUGAAGAUCUGCCACUCAUCAAAGCCGACUUUGGAAAGGGCCCCAAUGGUAAGGUCAAGAACGUGAACUCCGAAAUCGCGCGAAAGAAAACACCGCACUUACCUCUGGAGUGCUUUGAAAAUUGGAAGCCUGUAGAGCGAGACCACUUCCUUGUUUACCAAUAUCGAUUCCUUCCCGCUAUACUCGAAUUUAAGCCCGGUGAACAGCUCGGAUCACGCGUGAUCCAACACAUGGAAAUCGAGGACGCCGUUAUUCUGCCGUUCACCAGUUGCGAGUCAAUCAGGGAUGGAGGUUAUGGAUCUGUGACCGAGGUGGGAAUUCAUCCUGAUUGUCAUCGUUUCCAGGAUAUUCUGCGAUCCAUCGUGAUAAAUGACAAGUUCGCCGACAAACAACUCCUGUACACGGACAACCACCAAGAAUUUCAGAAGGAGAUUGAGGCUCUGAAACGGUUCAAUGGCUUUGCUCACCCCCAUCUCGUUACUCUGUUGACGACUUGGACACGCCGCAAACAACAUCAUUUCCUCUUCCCGUUGGCCGGCUGCAAUCUUGAGGACUACUGGGACAAGAACAAAUCAGGGGCUAUUCGAACCAGCCAGGAUCUUGAUAUACCGACCGUACAAUGGAUCUCGAAACAAAUCUGCGGAAUGGUGCAGGCGCUUCACACCGUUCACGAGCCUUCCAAAUAUCUUGAACAGGAUCGAAAGUAUGGUCGACACGGCGACCUCAAGCCGGAAAAUGUCCUCUGGUAUCGAUCACCUGAAGAUCCCAGAGGGAUCUUGGUCAUCGCUGACCUGGGGCUAUCUAGCGUCAAUACAGAAAAGAGCCGAUCUAAUAUACCUAACAAGGGUAUACCACACACCCCAGGAUAUCGUCCACCCGAGUGUGACCUUGAAGGAGGGACCAUCUCGCGGGCGUAUGACAUCUGGACGCUGGGAUGCUUGCUGCUGGAACUUGUGACCUGGGCUCUUGGAGGCGAGAGCAGUCGGACGGAGUUUGAGGAUAAGCGAAUGACGCCGUACGUCACAGGCGUCGAGUCCAACAUCUUCUUCGAUGUGAAAAUUCGCAGGGGAGGAUUUGACCACGUCAUGGUGGUCAAAGAUUCGGUUUCUGAGUGGAUUGCUCAACUACAUGGUCGAUCGACCUGCACUGCCUACUUCAGUGAUGUUUUAGAACUGAUCCAGAAAGGCAUGCUGGUCAUGUUGUCCGAGGAGCACACACGGUACUCAUCCAUGCGGAUUCUCCGACGUAUCGAGGAUAUGCACAAGAGAGUCAUGGAUCCCCUUGACGGCUACUGCCGUAUCCCCUCACCUCAACAACGGAAGCCUGAAUACUGCGUACCUGUUGAGGCUAACCUUAACUUCAUGGCUAAGAGGGAGAUACGAAGGACGAACCCACGCCUCAAUGUCUACGGAGGCAUAGAGACGAAGAAAUCAAAGACGAUGGAACAACUCUCCAGGAUGGAAUAGAGUAGUAGUUGCACAUUCACAUCGUCACGCGAAAGCUUCAUAUCGAUCACCAGGCGAGUUG